CUGGGCCGCGCCAUGCCUAAGGAGGCGCCGCGAUGGGCCAAGGGGACGAAAGCGAGCGCAUCGUGAUCAACGUGGGCGGCACGCGCCACCAGACGUACCGCUCGACGCUGCGCACGCUGCCCGGCACGCGGCUCGCCUGGCUGGCGGAGCCCGACGCCCACAGCCACUUCGACUAUGACCCGCGCGCAGACGAGUUCUUUUUCGACCGCCACCCCGGCGUCUUCGCGCACAUCCUGAACUACUACCGCACGGGCAAGCUGCACUGCCCGGCCGACGUGUGCGGGCCACUCUACGAGGAGGAGCUGGCCUUCUGGGGCAUCGACGAGACCGACGUGGAGCCCUGCUGCUGGAUGACUUACCGCCAACACCGCGACGCCGAGGAGGCGCUGGACAGCUUCGGCGGCGCGCCCCUGGACAACAGCGCGGACGACGCGGACGCCGACGGCCCCGGCGACUCAGGCGACGGCGAGGACGAGUUGGAGAUGACCAAGCGCCUGGCGCUCAGCGACUCCCCAGACGGACGGCCUGGCGGCUUCUGGCGCCGCUGGCAGCCGCGCAUCUGGGCCCUCUUCGAGGACCCCUACUCAUCCCGCUACGCGAGGUAUGUGGCCUUUGCCUCCCUGUUCUUCAUCUUGGUCUCCAUCACCACCUUCUGCCUGGAGACCCACGAGCGCUUCAACCCCAUCGUGAACAAGACGGAGAUCGAGAACGUGCGGAACGGCACGCAAGUGCGCUACUACCGGGAGGCGGAGACAGAGGCCUUCCUCACCUACAUCGAGGGCGUCUGCGUGGUCUGGUUCACCUUUGAGUUCCUCAUGCGUGUGGUCUUCUGCCCCAACAAGGUGGAGUUCAUCAAGAACUCGCUCAACAUCAUCGACUUUGUAGCCAUCCUCCCUUUCUACCUGGAGGUGGGCCUGAGCGGCCUGUCUUCUAAGGCCGCCAAGGAUGUGCUGGGCUUCCUGCGCGUCGUCCGCUUCGUGCGUAUCCUGCGCAUCUUCAAGCUGACCCGCCACUUCGUGGGCCUGCGGGUCUUGGGCCACACUCUGCGAGCCAGCACCAAUGAGUUCUUACUGCUCAUCAUCUUCCUGGCUCUGGGUGUCCUGAUCUUCGCCACCAUGAUCUACUAUGCCGAGAGGAUAGGGGCGCAGCCCAAUGACCCCAGCGCCAGUGAGCAUACCCACUUUAAGAACAUCCCCAUCGGCUUCUGGUGGGCUGUGGUCACCAUGACAACGCUGGGCUACGGAGACAUGUACCCGCAGACGUGGUCCGGCAUGUUGGUGGGAGCGCUGUGUGCGCUGGCGGGUGUGCUGACCAUCGCCAUGCCUGUGCCCGUCAUCGUGAACAAUUUCGGGAUGUAUUACUCCUUAGCCAUGGCUAAGCAGAAACUACCAAAGAAAAAAAAGAAGCAUAUUCCGCGGCCACCGCAGCUGGGAUCUCCCAAUUAUUGUAAAUCUGUCGUAAACUCUCCACAUCACAGUACUCAGAGUGACACAUGCCCGCUGGCCCAGGAAGAAAUUUUAGAAAUUAACAGAGCAGAUUCCAAACUGAAUGGGGAGGUGGCGAAGGCCGCGCUGGCGAACGAAGACUGCCCCCACAUAGACCAGGCCCUCACUCCCGAUGAGGGCCUGCCUUUUACGCGCUCGGGCACCCGCGAGAGAUACGGACCCUGCUUCCUCUUAUCAACUGGGGAGUACGCGUGCCCACCUGGUGGAGGAGUGAGAAAGGAUCUUUGCAAAGAAAGCCCUGUCAUUGCUAAGUAUAUGCCGACAGAGGCUGUGAGAGUGACUUGACCAGGCGACUUGGCCCAGGACACUGGUGGCUAUUAAGCAUCUGGGUGGACCUGCAGCCCCUCCUCGCCCUCGGACAGAGUAAAUUCACGCCAUGCAGGUUUGCCGGACGAGUCCGAGUGGCCCAGGCCUUGUACUAGGACGGACGUAGCUUUUCUACGGCCAAAUGGUAACUGACCGUAGAGGAUUUCUUUUCCUUCUUUUCCUUUUUUUUUUAAAAAAAAAAACAACUUUUAAUUUAUUCGGGGAGGGGGUGGGAUGGAGGGGUUCCUUAGCAUGACUUGCAUGAAGUUCAACAGAAAACCCAGCAAUCCAAACCCACGAACCCCCCCCCGCAACUGUAUGAUUACCCUAAACCAUGACAACAAUGAAGAAAAACAAGCAAGAGUCCUCUAUUUUCUUUCAAAGCUCUUUCCUUUUAUACAUGUUGUUGGAGCCAAACUGUAAAUGCGUUCGGUAGAAACCUGUACUUUUUUUUGGGGGGAGGGGAAUGAGCGGGGUGGGGGAAGGAGUGGAAAUGAGUAAUGGAUUGCUUCCCUUUUGUACAUGGAGAUCUAGAGUAAAGGUUCCCAAAAGGACAGUCGGUCAGUCAUUGGUCAUAUUGACCUCACCUUCAUAGUUCAUCUCUCACAUGGAAACUGAAAACUUUGCUCCAAAUAGAAUUAUGGAAACGCACUGCCGCCUUCUUCCCUCUCUUUGGCAUGCUUGCGACCCAGCGGACGUCUUCCCAAGACCCCUGACAGCGGCUAGUCUAGGUCGAUUCAAUCAUCUUAGCAGUGUGUAGAUUCAGUGUGACCAACUUUCAUAACAAAGUGUUCAUAGUAGAUAAUCAACACCGUAUGGAUUUUUCAAGUGUUCUUUCAGAGCACCAAAAAAGAUCAGGACUGUGGGAGGGCCAGUCCUCCUCCACCUUUAUCAAGGCACAACCCGGCAUUGUAUGCAAUUUAGUACUUCAGAGUUUAAAAAAAACAACAAAAAAAAAACAAAAAAAACUGCAUGCCCAAUGUUAUGCAAAGCGAUUCUAGCAUGAAAUAAAUUUUGUAUCAUGGUUUCUGUAUAGUCUAAAGCAGAUUUGUUUUCCUGAAGCAAUCGGAGGUUUGCAGAGACGCACUUCUGCAUCUCGAAUAAAUAUAGUAUUUUCCCAACAGAAACAGAGGACAGUAGCUUGGCUUUGGUCUGAUUCUAAAAUUAGUGGUGGGGUGGGGGGUGGGGAAGGAUGAUAUUUUUGAAAAACACAUGCUUGAAUUGAAAAAAAAUGCAACAUCUCAAGCUCUCAUUACAGCUCGCAACAUUCCUGGAAAGAGAGAAAUGCUGCUUUAGUUCAGCACCCUCCCCUCCCUGGGCCCUGGCCCUUGAUAAUAAAAAGCUGACUUUGGACAUAAA